GCCAGGUUACAAAGUGUUCGGCCAAAUGACGAGAGGCUUCACCUUUUCCCUAGCUGGGAGUGGUACUCCUGGUCGGAUCUUGUUGAAGGGGUCGUCCAUUGGCAGGGAAUCUGUUUGCUUCAGCCCUGUUAGGCCUGGACACAGUAGUAGUCGGGCCCGUUCCCUCUGGGUCCUUACCAAGCCUGGCGCCCUGGCUGGGUCUGAACGGCAGUCAGUUUCCACCCUCAAGAAUGGGAAGCGCACUGGCUUCCCCAUGACUUGAGGGAAGAGCCAUGGAGGAGGUGGUGAUAGCCGGUAUGUCGGGGAAGUUGCCCGAAUCAGAGAACCUGGAGGAGUUCUGGGCCAACCUCAUUGGCGGUGUGGACAUGGUCACAGACGAUGAUAGAAGAUGGAAGGCUGGGCUCUAUGGACUGCCCAAGCGGUCUGGGAAGCUGAAGGAUCUGUCCAAGUUCGACGCCUCCUUUUUUGGGGUCCACCCCAAGCAGGCACACACAAUGGACCCCCAGCUCCGUCUGCUGUUGGAAGUCAGCUAUGAAGCUAUUGUGGACGGAGGUAUCAACCCGGCCUCACUCCGAGGAACGAACACUGGUGUCUGGGUGGGUGUGAGUGGUUCCGAGGCAUCAGAGGCCCUGAGCAGAGAUCCCGAGACGCUUCUGGGCUACAGCAUGGUGGGCUGCCAGCGGGCAAUGAUGGCCAACCGGCUCUCUUUCUUCUUCGACUUCAAAGGACCCAGCAUUGCCCUGGACACAGCCUGCUCCUCCAGCCUGCUGGCACUUCAGAACGCCUACCAGGCCAUCCGAAGUGGCGAAUGCCCUGCUGCUCUUGUGGGCGGGAUUAACCUGCUGCUGAAGCCUAACACCUCUGUGCAGUUCAUGAAGCUGGGCAUGCUCAGCCCGGACGGCACCUGCAGGUCCUUUGACGAUUCAGGGAGUGGAUAUUGCCGUUCUGAGGCUGUCGUGGCAGUUCUGCUGACAAAGAAGUCCCUGGCCCGGCGGGUCUAUGCCACUAUUCUGAAUGCGGGCACCAAUACAGAUGGCUGCAAGGAGCAAGGUGUGACGUUCCCCUCUGGAGAAGCCCAGGAACAGCUCAUCCGCUCUCUGUAUCAGCCGGCCGGCCUGGCCCCCGAGUCUCUUGAGUAUAUUGAAGCCCAUGGCACCGGCACCAAGGUGGGUGACCCCCAGGAAUUGAACAGCAUUACCCGGUCUCUGUGCGCCUCCCGCCAGGGCCCUCUGUUAAUUGGCUCCACCAAAUCCAACAUGGGCCACCCUGAGCCUGCCUCAGGGCUUGCAGCCCUGGCCAAGGUGCUGUUAUCCCUGGAACACGGGGUUUGGGCCCCUAACCUACAUUUCCAGAACCCCAACCCUGAGAUCCCAGGGCUUCUUGAUGGGCGACUGCAGGUGGUAGAUAGGCCUCUGCCUGUCCGUGGAGGCAACGUGGGCAUCAACUCAUUUGGCUUUGGAGGUGCCAACGUUCACGUCAUCCUCCAGCCCAACACACAGCAGGCCCCUGCGCCCGCCCCACAUGCCGCCCUCCCCCAUUUGCUGCAUGCCAGCGGACGCACCGCAGAGGCAGUGCAGGGCCUGCUGGAACAGGGCCGCCAGCACAGCCAGGACCUGGCCUUUGUGAGCAUGCUCAAUGACAUUGCGGCGACCCCUACAGCGGCCAUGCCCUUCAGGGGCUACACUGUGCUAGGUGUUGAGGGACAUGUCCAGGAAGUGCAACAGGUGUCUGCCAACAAGCGCCCACUCUGGUUCAUCUGCUCAGGGAUGGGCACGCAGUGGCGUGGAAUGGGGCUGAGCCUCAUGCGCCUGGACAGCUUCCGUGAGUCCAUCCUGCGCUCGGAUGAGGCUGUGAAGCCCUUGGGAGUAAAAGUGUCAGACCUGCUGCUGAGCACAGACGAACGCACCUUCGAUGACAUCGUGCAUGCCUUUGUGAGCCUCACUGCCAUCCAGAUUGCCCUCAUCGACCUGCUGACUUCUGUGGGGCUGAAACCUGAUGGCAUCAUUGGACACUCCUUGGGAGAGGUUGCCUGCGGCUAUGCAGAUGGCUGUCUGUCCCAGAGAGAGGCUGUGCUUGCAGCCUACUGGAGAGGCCAGUGCAUCAAAGAAGCCAAGCUCCCACCCGGGUCCAUGGCAGCGGUUGGUCUGUCUUGGGAGGAAUGUAAGCAGCGCUGCCCCCCUGGUGUGGUGCCGGCCUGCCACAACUCUGAGGACACUGUGACCAUCUCUGGACCUCAGGCUGCGGUGAAUGAAUUUGUGGAGCAGCUAAAGCAAGAGGGCGUCUUUGCCAAGGAGGUGCGGACUGGCGGCCUGGCCUUCCACUCCUACUUCAUGGAAGGCAUCGCCCCCACGCUGCUGCAGGCUCUCAAGAAGGUGAUCCGGGAGCCCCGGCCACGCUCGGCGCGCUGGCUCAGCACCUCCAUCCCUGAGGCCCAGUGGCAGAGCAGCCUGGCCCGCACGUCUUCUGCUGAGUACAACGUCAACAACCUGGUGAGCCCGGUGCUCUUCCAGGAAGCACUGUGGCACGUCCCUGAACAUGCUGUGGUAGUGGAGAUUGCGCCCCACGCACUGUUGCAGGCUGUCCUGAAGCGAGGCGUCAAGUCUACCUGCACCAUCAUUCCUUUGAUGAAGAGGGACCAUAAAGAUAACUUGGAGUUCUUCCUCACCAACCUUGGCAAGGUUCAUCUCACAGGCAUCAAUGUCAACCCUAAUGCCUUGUUCCCACCUGUGGAGUUCCCUGCUCCCCGAGGGACUCCUCUCAUCUCCCCGCACAUCAAGUGGGACCACAGUCAGACUUGGGAUGUCCCCGUUGCGGAAGACUUCCCCAACGGCUCCAGCUCCUCCUCCGCUACAGUCUACAACAUCGACGCCAGUCCUGAGUCGCCUGACCACUACCUGGUAGACCACUGCAUUGAUGGCCGGGUCAUCUUCCCUGGCACUGGCUACCUGUGCUUGGUGUGGAAGACACUGGCUCGCAGCCUGGGCUUGUCCCUAGAAGAGACUCCUGUGGUGUUUGAGAAUGUGUCGUUUCAUCAGGCCACUAUACUACCCAGGACGGGAACCGUGCCUCUGGAGGUGAGGCUGCUCGAGGCCUCCCAUGCCUUUGAGGUGUCUGACAAUGGCACCCUGAUAGUGAGUGGGAAGGUGUACCAGUGGGAAGAUCCAAACUCCAAGUUAUUCGACCACCCAGAAGUUCCAGCCCCAACCGAGUCUGCGUCCGUCUCCCGCUUGACCCGGGGAGAAGUGUACAAGGAGCUGCGGCUGCGUGGCUAUGAUUAUGGCCCCCAAUUCCAGGGCAUCCAUGAUGCCACCCUUGAAGGUGAACAGGGCAAGCUGCUCUGGAAAGAUAACUGGGUGACCUUCAUGGACACGAUGCUGCAGAUCUCCAUCCUGGGGUUCAGCCAGCAGAGUCUGCAGCUACCUACCCGUGUGACCGCCAUCUACAUCGACCCCGCAACGCACCUGCAGAAGGUGUACACGCUGGAGGGGGAGACUCAAGUGGCUGAUGUGACAACGAGCCGCUGUCUGGGCAUAACGGUCUCCGGCGGUGUCCACAUCUCCAGACUACAGACAACAGCAACUUCCCGGCGGCAGCAGGAACAGCUGGUCCCUACCUUGGAGAAGUUUGUUUUCACACCACACAUGGAGGCCGAGUGCCUGUCUGAGAAUGCUGUCCUGCAGAAGGAGCUGCAGCUGUGCAAGGGUCUGGUAAAGGCUCUGCAGACCAAGGCCACCCAGCAAGGGCUGAAGACGGCGGUGCUUGGGCCAGAGGACCCCCCACAGCAUGGGCUGCCUCGACUCUUGGCAGCUGCUUGCCAGCUGCAGCUCAACGGGAACCUGCAGCUGGAGCUGGGCGAGGCGCUGGCUCAGGAGAGGCUCCUGCUGCCGGAAGACCCUCUGGUCAGUGGCCUCCUCAACUCCCAGGCCCUCAAGGCCUGCAUAGACACAGCCCUGGAGAACUUGCCUACUCUCAAGAUGAAGGUGGUGGAGGUGCUGGCUGCAGAAGGCCACUUGUAUUCCCGCAUCCCGGCACUGCUCAACACCCAGCCUAUGCUCCAGCUGGAAUACACAGCCACCGACCGGCACCCCCAGGCCCUGAAGGAUGUUCAGACCAAGCUGCAGCAGCACGAUGUGGCCCAGGGCCACUGGAACCCUUCAGAUCCCGCUCCCAGCAGCCUGGGAGCGCUUGACCUUGUGGUGUGCAACUGCGCCUUAGCCACCCUGGGGGAUCCAGCCUUGGCCCUGGACAACAUGGUAGCUGCCCUCAAGGAAGGCGGUUUCCUGCUAAUGCACACAGUGCUCAAAGGACAUGCCCUUGGGGAGACGCUGGCCUGCCUCCCCUCUGAGGUGCAGCCCGGGCCCAGCCUCCUGAGCCAGGAAGAGUGGGCGAGCCUGUUCUCAAGGAAGGCACUGCGCCUGGUGGGCCUUAAAAGGUCAUUCUAUGGCACUGCGCUGUUCCUGUGCCGCCGAGUCGUCCCACAAGACAACCCCAUCUUCCUGCCUGUGGAGGAUACCAGCUUCCAGUGGGUGGAUGCUCUGAAGAGCAUUCUGGCCACAUCUUCCUCCCAGCCUGUGUGGCUGACAGCCAUGGAUUGCCCCACCUCUGGUGUGGUGGGCUUGGUAAACUGUCUCCGAAAAGAGCCGGGCGGACACCGGAUUCGGUGUAUCCUGCUGUCUAACCUCAGCAACACAUCUCAUGUCCCCAAGCUGGAGCCUGGCUCCUCAGAGCUGCAAAAGGUGUUAGAGAAUGACCUGGUGAUGAACGUGUGCCGGGACGGGGCCUGGGGGGCCUUCCGUCACUUCCAGUUAGAGCAGGACAAGCCUGAGGAGCAGACAGCACAUGCCUUUGUAAAUGUCCUCACCCGAGGAGACCUUGCCUCCAUCCGCUGGGUCUCUUCUCCCCUGAAGCACACGCAGCCCACGAGCUCAGGAGCACAGCUCUGCACUGUCUACUAUGCCUCACUGAACUUCCGAGACAUCAUGCUGGCCACGGGCAAGCUGUCCCCUGAUGCCAUUCCAGGGAAGUGGGCUGGCCGGGACUGCAUGCUCGGCAUGGAGUUCUCAGGCCGUGAUCGGUCCGGCCGGCGUGUGAUGGGGCUGGUACCGGCAGAAGGCCUGGCCACCUCGGUCCUGAUAUCACCGGACUUCCUCUGGGAUGUGCCCUCCAGCUGGACCCUGGAGGAGGCGGCCUCUGUACCCGUUGUCUAUACCACUGCCUACUAUUCCUUAGUAGUGCGUGGGCGCAUUCGGCGUGGGGAAGCUGUGCUCAUCCACUCGGGCUCAGGUGGUGUGGGCCAAGCAGCCAUUUCCAUUGCCCUCAGUCUGGGCUGCCGAGUCUUCACCACAGUGGGCUCCGCUGAGAAGCGAGCAUACCUCCAGGCCAGGUUCCCUCAGCUCGAUGACACUAGCUUUGCCAAUUCACGAGACACAUCUUUUGAGCAGCACGUAUUACUGCACACAGGAGGCAAAGGUGUUGACCUGGUCCUCAACUCACUGGCAGAAGAGAAGCUGCAGGCCAGUGUGCGGUGCCUGGCCCAGCAUGGCCGCUUCUUAGAGAUCGGCAAAUUUGAUCUUUCUAACAACCACCCUCUGGGCAUGGCUAUCUUCUUGAAGAACGUCACUUUCCAUGGGAUCCUGCUGGACUCACUUUUCGAGGAGGCCAGUGACAGCUGGCGGGAGGUGGCAGGACUCCUGAAGGCGGGCAUCCGUGACGGGGUCGUGAAGCCCCUCAAAUGCACGGUGUUCCCCAAGGCUCAGGUGGAAGACGCCUUCCGCUACAUGGCUCAGGGGAGACAUAUUGGCAAAGUCCUUGUCCAGGUGCGGGAGGAGGAGCCAGAGGCCGUGCUGCCCGGCGCUCAGCCCACCCUGAUUUCUGCCAUCUCCAAGACCUUCUGCCCAGCUCAUAAGAGUUACAUCAUCACUGGUGGCCUAGGUGGCUUUGGCCUGGAGCUGGCCCGGUGGCUUGUGCUCCGGGGAGCCCAGAGGCUCGUGCUGACUUCCCGAUCUGGAGUGCGCACGGGCUACCAAGCCAAGCACGUUCGGGAGUGGAGACGCCAGGGCAUCCACGUGCUGGUGUCCACAAGCAAUGUCAGCUCUCUGGAGGGUGCCCGGGCCCUCAUCGCUGAAGCCACAAAGCUCGGGCCCGUUGGAGGUGUCUUUAACCUGGCCAUGGUUUUGAGGGAUGCCAUGCUGGAGAACCAGACUCCAGAACUCUUCCAGGACGUCAACAAGCCCAAGUACAAUGGCACCCUGAACCUUGACAGGGCGACCCGGGAAGCCUGUCCUGAGCUGGACUACUUCGUGGCCUUCUCCUCUGUAAGCUGCGGGCGUGGUAAUGCCGGCCAAACCAACUACGGCUUUGCCAACUCUACCAUGGAGCGGAUAUGCGAACAGCGCCGGCACGAUGGCCUCCCAGGCCUUGCCGUGCAGUGGGGCGCCAUCGGUGAUGUGGGCAUCGUCCUGGAAGCAAUGGGUACCAACGACACAGUCAUCGGCGGCACGCUGCCGCAGCGCAUCUCCUCCUGCAUGGAGGUGCUUGACCUCUUCCUGAAUCAGCCCCACGCAGUCCUGAGCAGUUUUGUGCUGGCUGAGAAGAAAGCUGUGGCCCACGGUGACAGCGAAGCCCAAAGGGACCUGGUGAAAGCCGUGGCCCACAUCCUUGGCAUCCGAGACCUCGCAGGUAUCAACCUGGACAGCUCAUUGGCGGACCUAGGCCUGGACUCACUCAUGGGUGUGGAAGUGCGCCAGAUCCUGGAACGUGAACAUGAUCUGGUGCUGCCCAUGCGAGAGGUGCGGCAGCUCACGCUGCGCAAACUUCAGGAGAUGUCGUCCAAGGCUGGCUCAGCGACUGAGACCACAGCCCCCAAGUCCAAGAAUGACACACCCCUGAGGCAGACGCAGCUGAACCUGAGCACCCUGCUGGUGAACCCUGAGGGCCCUACCCUGACACAGCUCAACUCGGUGCAGAGCUCCGAGCGGCCUCUGUUCCUCGUGCACCCCAUCGAAGGUUCUACCACGGUGUUCCACAACCUGGCCGCUAAGCUCAGUGUGCCCACCUACGGUCUGCAGUGCACCAGAGCGGCCCCCCUGGACAGCAUUCCAGACCUGGCUGCCUACUACAUUGACUGCAUCAAGCAGGUGCAGCCCGAGGGGCCCUACCGCGUAGCCGGGUACUCUUUUGGAGCCUGUGUAGCCUUCGAGAUGUGCUCCCAGCUGCAAGCCCAGCAGGGCCCAGCCCCCACCCACAACAACCUCUUCCUGUUUGACGGCUCGCACACCUACGUAUUGGCCUACACCCAGAGCUACCGGGCAAAGAUGACCCCAGGCUGUGAGGCCGAGGCUGAGACUGAGGCCCUGUGCUUCUUCAUAAAGCAGUUUGUUGAUGCAGAACACAGCAAGGUGCUGGAAGCCCUGCUGCCACUGAAGAGCCUGGAGGACCGUGUGGCUGCUGCUGUGGAGCUCAUCACCAAAAGCCACCACAGCCUGGACCGCCGGGAGCUGAGCUUUGCUGCCACAUCCUUCUACCACAAGCUCCGGGCAGCCGAGCAGUAUAAACCCAAGGCCAAGUACCAUGGCAACGUGACACUGUUGCGUGCCAAGACAGGUGGUACCUAUGGAGAGGACUUGGGUGCUGACUACAACCUCUCCCAGGUGUGUGACGGGAAGGUGUCUGUGCACAUCAUCGAGGGCGACCACCGUACACUGCUGGAGGGCAGCGGCCUGGAAUCGAUCAUUAACAUCAUCCACAGCUCCCUGGCUGAGCCUCGAGUGAGUGUACGGGAGGGCUAGACCUGCCUACCAUGAAGCCACGCGCCACACCCACCACCAGACGCCACACCCGCCACCAGAGAUGCUCCAAUGCCCACCACACCCUGAGUGCAGGGACUGGGGAGGGUCCUGCUGGUGGGACCCCCUCCCCUCGUGGCCCAGCACCACCCCUUGCCCUGGGGGCUGCUACAAACAGGACCAUCACGUGUGUCCCAGCCACGUAGUGGGGUUCCCAGAACCACUGACUUGGAGACACCCCUGUCUGUGAAGAGUCAGUGGAGGCCCGCAGGAGCCAAACUGAGCCUUUUCCGCCGUGCGGCGUUUGCCACACUGGUUGUUUCUCCAUUAAAUUCUCAUAUUUAUUGUAUGCUGGGAAAGACCCCCAGGGUUGACUCAUUCCAGAACCCCCUAAAAUGGGAGAAGCCAUGUAGGGAAAGUUUCUGGGAAAGUUUCCAGACUCACCAUACAUAGGCUGCUGGCUGGAGCCCCUUGUGUCUUGGCCCCGUCCCUGCUCACUGCAGGGCAGGGUAGGAGAGGGCUGGUUCCCGGGGAACGAGGACCCCAGCAGACACUGUAGCCCUUGGUCCCAGCACCCCGGCUGCACCCAUGAUGCAGGGCCAGCUGUGCUCUGCGGACCGCACCGGGCGCUGGCUGUAUUUGUUUUCCAAGAUUCAGAUUGCUGCUCGGGUUUUGAAUUUACCGCAGCCGUCAGUGCUGUGAGCCAUGUCUGGACUGUGUCAUUUUUACACCAACCUGGUAAAAAAUGCUGCUCUUGAUGCUCUCCUGUUCCCACGAUUAAACUGCACGUGAGCGAG